UGAAGAGACAAAACAUUUUGUUUAUUGUUCUUUUCUUUUUCAUCCAGUUCUUCUCCUUUGCCCCCAAAAACGUCAUUUGUCAAAACCCCCCCCAAAAAUGGCACCAAGCAGAGCGACGGUACUCUUACUACGAGGGGGAAACUGUCAGUCCUUUGUUUCGAGGUCGACGACCAGCGUGCGGAGAAGAUGUUUUGCUUCGGCGACCUCAGCAACGACAACGACCAAAGUCGCACCGUUGGAAGGUAUACGUGUACUUGACAUGACUAGAGUAUUGGCAGGACCAUAUUGUACUCAAAUACUGGGUGACUUGGGAGCCGAAGUGAUCAAGAUUGAACAUCCUACGAGAGGUGAUGAUACUCGUGCUUGGGGUCCACCUUUUGCAAAGUACAAGGAUGGAGCAAAAGGAGGCAAGGCAGGAGAAUCUGCGUAUUUCAUCGGCGUCAAUCGAAAUAAAAAAUCAGUCGGUCUUUCAUUUCAACAUCCAGAUGGUGUCAAGAUUCUUCAUGAAUUAGCAAAAACUUCUGAUGUUCUCGUGGAGAAUUAUAUUCCAGGAUCUUUGAAAAAGUACAAACUCGACUAUGAAUCUCUACGUAAAAUCAACCCUCGUUUAAUCUACGCCUCCAUCACCGGGUACGGCCAAACGGGUCCCCACUCGUCUCGUGCCGGUUACGACGUCAUGGUCGAGGCGGAAAUGGGCCUGAUGCACAUCACGGGAGAACGAAACGGAUCGCCCGUCAAGGUCGGCGUCGCCGUCACCGACCUCACCACGGGACUGUACACGUGCAACGCCAUCAUGGCGUCCCUGUUGGCUCGACAACGCACCGACGCCGGCCAGCACCUCGACGUGGCCCUCUCCGACUGCCAGGUGGCGACCCUGGCCAACAUCGCCAGCAGCGUCCUGAUCAGCGGGCAGCGCGACGGCGGGAGGUGGGGCACGGCGCACCCGUCCAUCGUGCCGUACAAGGGCUUCAAGACCCGCGACGGCGACAUCAUGCUGGGCGGCGGCAACGACCGGCUGUUUGGGAUCAUCUGCGACAAACUGGGCCGGCCGGAGUGGAAGUCGGACCCUCGCUUCGUGACCAACGACGUGCGGGUCCAGCACCGCGACGUCCUGGAGCGGAUGAUCGAGGACCUCACCACCGAGAAAUCGACGGCCGAGUGGUUGGAGAUUCUCGAGGGGAGCGGGAUGCCGUACGCCGCCAUCAACGACGUCAAGGACACCCUGGACCACCCCCACGUCCGCGCCCGGGGGAUGGUGACCGAGGUCGACCACGACGCUUGUGGUCAGAUCAAACUCGUCAGUCCGCCCGUCAAGUACUCGGAGAGCAAGACCGGGGUGAGGACCGCGCCGCCCACGUUGGGCCAGCACACGGAGCACGUCUUGACGGAAGUGCUGGGCAUGGACGGGCAAGAGGUUGAAAGGUUGAAGGCUUCGGGGGUUGUCGCCUGAUGUCACGACAGUGGGGAAAUUGGACAUUAUACAUGUACAUACAUGAGACCAAACACAUACACUUAUACAACAUCCUGAUGGCUCUAGGUGAACGCCUGGGAUGAAUAUUGAUGGAAAG